GGGGGUGGGUGGGGUGUUUGAGGAAAGAGAUGGGGUGCUUUUCUUGCAUGAAACCUCGGACUAAGGAUGUGAGAGAUUGUGAUGAAGAUGUAGCUCCAAGAUCCAUUCAUACUUCAGCGAAUGCGAAAAAGGGAUUUUCCGUGAGAUCGAAAGGCAAAGAGAGCAAUUCACAAAAGGGCAAUGCGGCUCGUAGUUUCACAUUCAAGGACCUUGCAAUGGCUACGCAGAAUUUCCGAGAAUCUAAUUUAGUCGGCGAGGGCGGUUUCGGAAGUGUUUAUAGGGGCCGCCUAGAAUCCGGCUUGGUUGUUGCAGUGAAGCAACUUAACCUAGAAGGGCAUCAAGGGAAUCAAGAAUUCAUUGUUGAGGUUCUUAUGCUGAGUUUAUUGCACCACCCGAAUCUUGUGAAUUUAAUCGGUUAUUGUACCGAUGGUGAUCAAAGGCUCCUCGUUUACGAGUUUAUGCCGAUGGGUAGUCUCGAAAAUCAUCUUUUUGAUUUACAGGCUGGCAAUAAGCCGCUGAGUUGGAGCACUAGACUGAAGAUAGCUGUGGGUGCAGCUCGUGGGCUCGAAUAUCUGCACUGCAGAGCAAAUCCACCCGUCAUUUAUCGAGACUUGAAAUCGUCGAACAUAUUAUUGGACAAUGACUUCAAUGUGAAGCUGUCUGAUUUCGGGCUGGCCAAACUGGGGCCCGUCGGUGAUAACACUCACGUUUCGACACGUGUAAUGGGUACUUACGGCUAUUGUGCACCGGAAUAUGCAAUGAGCGGCAAAUUGACUCUGAAAUCCGAUAUAUAUAGCUUCGGUGUUGUUAUGUUGGAAUUGAUUACCGGACGAAAAGCUAUUGACUGCACUCAAAUUCCGGGAGAGCAGAAUCUUGUUGUUUGGUCUCGUCCGUUUUUGAAGGACCGAAGGAAAUUUGUGCAAAUGGUGGACCCGCUUCUAGAAGGUCGAUUCUCGAUACGAAGCCUACACCAUGCAAUUGCAAUAACUUCAAUGUGCCUUCAAGAACAAGCAAGCUUUAGACCCCUAAUUAGUGAUAUUGUUAUGGCGCUCGAAUACUUAGCUUCUCAAGCAGAAGAUUCCCUCAAAGGUAGGUCCCACAAUCGAACAUCUUCGUCGCCAUCUCAGCUCCAUGUUCAAGUUGAUUCCACAAGACAUGAUUUUCCAAAUGUGUGAUUUUAUUAUUACACUGCGCAUCGGUUACUUUUUUUUGUAAGAAGCCUUUUUUUUUUUUUAAGUCGUCUUUUGUAGCUAUAUAUAUAUUUACUGUAAAUAUAUCAUCGAAAUUGCUGCUAACACAAUUUUUUUUUUUCGGGUUCUAAUGUUUCUUCUAGGAAUGAAAAUUGUGGGUUUUUAAGAGUAGAUGUAGCGAGACAUUGUUCGUUUUCGAUGAUCGUUGUGCUUCUUCUAGAAGAUAAUCGGUUUAUGCAAAUUAAAUUAAAUUAGAUUGGUUUGUGCAAAUUAAAUUGUGCACUGUUCUGUAA